CGCCCAGACUGCGUCCUUCCUGACGUGGGUGUGGACACCGACAUGACUACACGAAAAAUGGAGGAAACGCCACCGACCGCCGCCUGUAGAGAAUAGUUUCAUGUUGAAACAGUUUUUAUUUUACUCCUGUAGCGGGCAUGCUGUGUCAAGAUGGGCAAUCUCUUUGGAAAGAAGAAACAGUCCCGAGUGACAGAACAUGAUAAAGCCAUUUUGCAACUGAAGCAACAGAGAGACAAACUGAGACAGUAUCAGAAGAAAAUCAACCUGCAGCUGGACAAGGAGAGACUUUUAGCCAAACAGCUGCUGAAGGAUGGCAAGAAAGAGAAAGCGCUCCUGCUGCUGAAGAAGAAGCGGUACCAGGACCAGCUCUUGGACAAAACCGAGAAUCAGAUCAGCAACCUGGAGCGGAUGGUUCAGGACCUGGAAUUUGCUCAGAUCGAGAGAAAAGUCAUCGAUGGGUUGAAAGUUGGAAACGAGUGUCUGAAGAAAAUGCACGAGGUGAUGUCCAUUGAAGACGUGGAGCGGAUCAUGGACGAAACCCAAGACUCCAUCGAGUACCAGAGGCAAAUCGAUGAGAUGCUGGCCGGUUCUCUCACCCAGGAGGAUGAAGAUGCGGUUCUGGCAGAGCUGGAGUUCAUCACUCAGGGAGACAUGGAGCUUCCUGAGGUUCCUUCAGAGCCGCUGCCCGAGGCCUCCGAGAAGAAACCAGUUUCAGAGAAGGAUCGAGCCAAGAAGAGGACGGAGCGCGAAGCGCUGGCCGUGUAGAGCCAGAACCGGUCCAGCUGCAGACGUCUCACAGGUCCGGAGACGUACCGAGCUUCCCCCAUCACAUCUGGCAGCUGCUGCAGGUCCAUCAUGAAGGCAGAACCGGUUCCAGCAGCACCCUGAGAACCUUAAAGGCCCGCAGCGUCAGAUUAUUGUGCCUGACUUUGUGUGUUUGCAUCGGAUCAUUUCAGACACGGUGACCAGAUUCAACUCGUAGACUAACGAGGUGGAGUCGGGUCCGCUGGACGGGUUCUGUCUUUUGGUUUCAACCCAGAAGAACCCGUCCACAGGAACUGAAUCCACCUUGUUACAUGUAUCUAGCUGGAUUAUUGAGCAGCAGCAGGACUCCGUUAAAUAAUCUGGAGGUAAAUGUCAAAGGGCCGCUUCACUCAGACUACAAGAGAUCCUGACCCGCUCCUUGUUUUAUUUUGAAAGUUCUUUUAUUUGUGAAAACUGACAGGAAGUGUUUCGUCCAACUCUCAGGUCAAACCUGAACCACUCCGGUGCUUGAAUUUGAGUGAAGUGACCCUUUAAUCCCUGCGUGAUUUAAGAUUAUAAUCUGGUUCCUGUAACAAGUUAAAU